GCAGCCCACGCGAACGCUCCACUCACAUUCAUCCUCGUUGAUUUACAUUAAAAUAUUUAAAAGCGUCCGGGUAGAAGUGGGAAAUAUCUUAAAUCCGAGGUGUCUGGAACGCAGCAUUUGCAGGUGUCUGAUGUUGGGAGUGAACCCAACGAGCUGUUCAAUAUCUUCAUCAUCAACAUCUGGAUUUCUCUACACCAUUAAGAUGAAACGCUUGCUGUUUUUCAUCAUCUUGCUACAUUUGAACGGUGUGUUUGGUGAGUCAGUGUCCGUGCUGGAGGGAAAUCCUGUCUGUCUCCACACUAAUGUUACUGACAUGCAGAAAGUUUAUCUGAUAUGGUCGUACAGGAGUUCCAUUAUCGCUAAAUUGGAUGGAGCGACUCAGGAAAUCUCACUAUAUGAUGUUGAUGAAGGGAUAUUUGAAGACAGACUGCAGUUGGACAACCGGACUGGAUCUCUCACCAUCAAUGACAUCAGAACCAAACACUCUGGACUUUAUCAACUAAAGAUCAUCAGCCACCAAACCUUAACCAAGACCUUCAGUCUUACUGUACAACAUGUGUUCUUAGCUGAUCUAGAAAACAAGAGAGAAGGAGAUUCGGUGACUCUAAACACUGGAAUAACUGAAAUGAAGAAACACAAUCUAAUGAUGUGGAUGUUUGGACCUUUAAAUCCAGACGUUCUUCUUGCAGAAAUCAAAAUAAACACUCAUAACAUCACGUAUGGUUUUGAUGAGAGAUACACAGACAGACUUCAUCUGGAUCGUGAGUCUGGAUCUCUAACCAUCAGAGAUCUCAAACCUACAGACACGGGAGUUUAUCAACUACAGAUCUCCAACAACAAAGAGACCAUAUACAAGAGAUUCAACGUGUUUGUUGCCGAUGUAGAACCAGGUCUGUCUUUGUGGCAUAAAAUGGCGAUUGGUGCUGCUGCUGUUUUGUUGUUUGUGGCUGGAGUUCUGAUUGUGAUUAGCUUUUGCUACAAAUAUUCAGAUGAAAUGAAGACCGAGUCUGUGAGGGAGGGAAAUUCUGCCAAACUAACUAGUGCUUAUUUCGUCAAAGAAAAAGAUGACGAUAUAUACCAGAGUUGUGGAUUCGAGUCUCAUGACUUGGGCUCGACUCAGACUCGAGUCACAAAUUUGAUGACUUGCGACUCGACUCAACAAAAUCAGAAAAGACUUCGACUUGGACACCAAUGACUCGUGACUUGACUUAGACUUGAACACUAUAACUCGGCAAGUCUUUAUAUAUUUUAAAACCAAACAUUGACGUUGUGAUCACGGUCGGCUGUUCUAUGGAGCGAAUCUAUGAAGGUAUUUCAGUGGCAAAACUUUUUUGUGAAUUUGUGAACU